GGCUCUACAAAUCAUUCCAACGCUACAGCUCCGACUGGUAACAACACAAAAAGUAUUACUAAAUAUUCUAGCCGAACUCUGAACUAGUCACAAUGGGCGAAGAAGGAGCACCUACAACCGCGGCCCCGGCGAAGACGACAGCGAGUGGAGCAACCAUGAUGGCGGUCAGUCCGUGGUUGACCGCAGCCGUAGUUGCCGCCUAUGCGACCAAGGCCAUGUGGGUCAAGUUGCGCCGCGUGGGAUCAUCCACUCUGCAGAAGAAGCAGAAGGUCCUGAUGAACGAUCCUCCUCUAGAGCUGCAGGAGAAUGAAAACGUAUCAAAGGACCACGAGGCAGAGGCAGAGUCUGGAGAUGAGUUCGAGGGAGCUCCAGCUGUUGUGCAGGAUGAGAUGCUAAAGCACUUUGAAUCGGACGCCGGACCCAUUUCUCGAAUGAUCGAAUUGUAGCCUUCGUUAAUUGUUCAAAUCAAAGGAUGAAGACACAUCUACACUCCACGAAACACUAAACUACACACAACACACACACUCGAUGAUUAUUGUAAUGUUUGCGAUUUCCAAUAGGGGAAGAAAGCCAUUCAAGAGCAACCGCCUAAUAUGCGGGGGCCAUCAAAUUGUUAGUGUUCAAAAACAUACACUCCAAAUUCAUGACAUUCCGGUUUUGUAAUUAACUACCUGCUGCGAUGACAAGCUGUUAAUAUAUCUAGACUUUAACCUGCCGAAAACGUGUCCUACA